AUGGAAUAUAGUGAAAUUUUAAGAACAUCAAUGGAUAUAGAAGAAGAAAAGCGAGAAAAUACAUUGGUUUUAGAUACCAUUAAAAACUUGGAAAAUGACAGAAAAUGUUGGAGAUUAGUUGGAGGUGUUUUAGUAGAAAGAACUUUAGGAGAAGUAGUUUAAUCAUUAAAGGAAAAUGUCGAAGUUUUUGACAAAACAGGAAUUACAUAUUAAACUGCUUUAUAAAAUAAAGAAAAGGCUCUAUUGGAAUUCGAAAACUAAUAUAAUUUGAGACCUAAUAGAGACAAUUUCGGUAAAAAAGAUGACGGAACUAAAAAAACAUCGGUUUUAGCUUGAUUAAUUAUUUAUUUUAUUUUUCGAAAAGAAAUUAUAUAUAUAAAUAAUUUAUUUAAAAUGAAAAAUGAUAAAUUAUUUCUGUUUUUUUUUUUA